AUGGCGACGACAAAUCAAACAAAGCACUUUGAAAACAACGAUGGUGAUUCUAGUCUAGAGACUGUCGAGAUCAUUCAUUGUAUUUUCAAUGCUUUCCUUAUUCCUAUAUCCAUUACUGGUAACACUCUGGUUCUAGUUGCUAUAUUGAGAUCCCCUUCGCUUCGUUCACCGAGCAUAAUUUUGCUCUGCUGUCUAGCUGUUUCCGAUCUUUUUGUUGGAAUCCUAGUACAACCAAGUUUUAUCGUUUAUCACUUAACAAAGAGCUCCAAUUUCUACAAAGCAAUGACAGCAACGAGCUUCGUGGCAUGUGGUGUUUCUCUGUGGACAAUGGGUGCAAUAGCCGUGGAUCGGUGCAUAGCUCUUCACUAUCACCUCAGAUACGUGCAGUUGGUGACAACUCGUCGUGCAAUUUACCUUUCGAUAACUCUUUGGAUUGUUGCUUUUAUCUUUCUAUUCUUAACGCUAUUGGAAAACCAUGUCUUUGCCGUGACUGUGGCUGUUAGCACCGCCACUUGCCUAUUGACCUGCCUGGCUUGUUACGUAAGAAUUUAUUUUAUUGUUCGCCGACAUCAGCUUCAGAUCAUGGUCCAACAAAGGGCAGUAGCAGGUAGUAUCAAUGGAAAUAAUCAUAACAUGCGAGAGUCGAGAAAUACGGCAACAAACACUUUUAUCUUUUACAUUGUACUGAUAAUGUGUUAUACACCUCUAUCAGUUACUUGGUUAGUUGUAGCGAUUUCCCCAACUUACAGAUGGCCAAUGGAAUGGAUCGUGGCCGACACUUUGUUGUUCAUGAACUCAUCAAUCAACCCGUUUCUAUACUGUUGGCGUCUCCGCGAGCUUCGAGAGGCAGUUGUAAACAUGGCAAAGCAGAUAUCUUGCAAGUAA